AAUUGUGUAAGUGAAAAUUUCGCCUCACAAAAGCAGAUAAAUUGCAUUUUCUUGUCAAAAUCGCAUCAAAAUUAACCGAAAAACAUCAAAAAUGUGUGCAGCUAACUGAAACGCAGUUCAGUGUUGCAAAAUUUCAAAGUUUAUCGUGUUAAUUACUGGUGAAACUACAAAAAUACAGUUGAAGUGAAAAUUUUAAUCGAACGAAAAGUCUACUUGCACAUAGUAACAAAACCAUAGAAUGGCACCCAAUAUAGUGAAGCUUGUCAAACGGCAAGCGGAACGUGUACCGGAUGAGGGCGUCCCGGCGACAAUUCCAGCACCAAAAAUCUUUGGACAUCACACACCACACGCAAAAUGGCCCGUCACAGAAGCACCUACCGAAGAAAAUGUAGGAACUACUAUUGCUUUAGAUGACACAUCAUCGUCGACACCUCCCAAGGGUGAAAUUGGAAAAGUGGGUGACAAAGCUCUGGAAAUUGCAGAUAAAAUAGGACACGAAGUGGGCAUACCGACGUGGGGCGUAGUGGCGAUAGUUAUACUAAUAUUAUUAAUAGUCCUUGGCAUAUGUGGCUUUUGUGUGCGGCGAUUCUUCAAGAAGCGACGCUCGAAGGAUGGCAAGAAGGGAAAAGGAGGCGUUGAUCUAAAAUCGGUACAACUGUUAGGCUCGGCGUACAAGGAGAAGGUGCAACCGGACAUGGAGGAACUGACGGAGAACGCAGAGGAACCGGACGAGGGCGAGAGCAAGCAAAGCGAACAAAAACUCGGAAAACUAAAAUAUAAGCUGGAAUACGACUUCAACUCGAACGCACUUUCGGUCACGGUCAUCCAGGCGGAGGAAUUACCAGCUCUCGAUAUGGGCGGCACAUCGGAUCCCUACGUAAAAGUGUACUUGCUGCCCGACAAAAAGAAGAAGUUCGAGACCAAAGUGCACCGAAAGACAUUGAAUCCAGAAUUUAAUGAAACAUUUGUAUUUAAAAGCCUUCCAUACGCGGACGCAAUGAACAAAACUUUGGUAUUUGCCAUCUUCGAUUUCGAUCGUUUCUCCAAGCACGACCAGAUUGGAGAAGUCAAGGUGCCACUUUGUCAGGUCGAUUUAGCUCAAACGAUCGAGGAAUGGCGAGAACUUGUCAGUGUUGAAGGUGAAGGCGGUCAGGAAAAGCUUGGAGAUAUCUGCUUCUCUCUUCGAUACGUACCAACGGCUGGAAAACUGACCGUCGUCAUCUUGGAGGCGAAGAACUUGAAGAAAAUGGAUGUUGGUGGAUUGUCUGAUCCUUAUGUUAAGAUAGCAUUGAUGCAGAAUGGAAAGCGUCUGAAAAAGAAGAAAACAAGUAUCAAAAAAUGCACAUUGAAUCCAUAUUACAAUGAAUCAUUCUCGUUCGAAGUUCCUUUCGAGCAAAUACAAAAAGUAAAUUUGGUCGUCACGGUGGUUGAUUACGAUCGUAUCGGUACAUCAGAGCCCAUUGGCAAGGUCGUACUUGGCAUGAAUGUGCAAGGAACUGAACUUCGUCACUGGUCUGACAUGUUAGCAUCGCCCCGACGACCAAUUGCGCAAUGGCACACACUCAAAGAUCCCGAAGAUGGCGACAAGAAGGAUUAAGUUACGUGUCCGUUAAUCGCGUCGUCGUUGCUGUUGCUGCUACUAAUGGUUAAACAUUAUAAUAAUAAACAUAAUGAUAAAAAAUUGUUACUAUUUACUUAUUAUUAUCAUUAUUAUUAAACAAAAAAAAACUUUAUUUCUUAAAAAAAAAUAUUAUAAAUAUAAUGAAAAACCUCCUGAUUUCUCCUAAUUGAAAAAUUUGCACAGAAAAAGGAAAAAAAACUUAAACAAUUAAAAAAAAACAUUUAAAAUAAUAUAAACAUAUAUAAAAAAAAAUUAUAUAUAAUAGCUUGUGUGUAUAAAAAGUUAAAAAAAUCGUUAGAAUCGCCCUUUUAACUGUCCGAACAAAAAAUAUAUAAUAAUUCCGUGUAGCAUUCGUCGGGUAAGGGGGUCCAAUGACAAACAAAUACAAUUCAAUAUACAUAUUCGGGGACAGACACAAAAAAUUUCAAUGUUUCAUUAUUAUUAUUAACAAUAUUGAUAAUAACUUUAAUGCAAAUUCUUGUCUUUUAUUCAAACAUAUAUAAAAAAAAAACAUUUAAACACUCGUAAAUAUUUAAAGAAAAAAAAUAUAUUAUAUAUAUAAUGAAAAAAAUAACAUGAUACACAACAGGACACGUAACACAUAACAUAUACAUACAUAAAAAACACACAUUAGCUAUUAUAUAAAUUAAAGGAGCAUUGCUUCUAAAUUUAAGAAAAAAAAUGGGUGAAAAAAAAAACAACAAAACAUAUUAAUAAAAAG